AUGGCUCAACAACUGCCAUCAAGACUGCAAUCCACUCUCUCAACCCUCCUCCUUCUCUUGCUCUCGCUCGUCUUGCUACCGAUCUCGUUGGUCAUCUCGCUCUUCUUCUCGCUCACCCACUCCGGCAGCUCUUGCAGCCAUGCUCGUUGUCGCUCGCUCGUACAAGCCAACGGCCACUCGACCCACCCUACGGAGCGAACGGUAUUGGUGAAUGGCGCACGGAUGCAAAAAUCCCUCGCCAUCUGCCGAACAUUUGCACGCAACGGAUGGCGUGUCGUUCUAGUCGAAGAGCAAGCUUGGGGUAAGCUAGCUGCUACCCGUUUCUCCAACUCUGUUUCCUCCUUCCAUCUUCUACCUCCCUCCUCGUUGCCGGCUAGCAAGCAAUGGCAGAACGAUAAGGGAGGCAGACUGCUUACACCGUAUGUCGCGGCACUGGUGGAUAUCGCAUUGAAAGAAAAAGUCGAUUUGUUCUUCCCAUGUUCAGGAGCAGGCAGUACGGCUCAAGAUGCGGUUGCAGCUGCCAUCUUGCUGGAAAAGACGCAGGGAAGGGUGCGGAGCAUAGUUCAAACCCCCGAGCUUGUUGAAGCUUUGCACGAAAAGGAUCGGUUUGUUUCGCUCCUUCAGAGCUUGCACAUGGCUGCACCACGGAGCGAGAUUGUCUUUUCUGUGGAUGAAGCGCUGGCAAAGCUGCAGAGCGAUGCGUAUCCCAGGUCCAUUCUGAAAUGUACUGCUGAACUGGAUGAUGUUGGACGAGCAGAUAUGACGCUUUACCCUCUUCUGCAGCAUGGAACGCGCCAGGUCGACUGGGAAAAGACCAGGGCAAGACUCUCGAACCUUUCCAUCCCACUUUGCCCAUCAACGCCUUACAUCUUGCAGGAGUUUAUCGGUGAUCGAAUUGACAACUCCUCACCCUCGACCGGUGCGAAUGCGGGUAAGGCGACCGAAUGGUGCACACACGCAACGGUAGUAGAUGGAAAACUUACCGCUUUCGUCUGCUGUCCAAGCAACGAUAUGCUCAUGACCUACUACCCUGCUUCGCACACCAUCGUAGGUGAGCUAGCACUGCGUUGGACGAUGAAAUUCCUCUAUCGGCUUGAAAAGCUUGGUCAAUCCAACUCUUCACCCUCCUCCUCUUCACCCUCAUCCUCAGCCGAACGCGAAUCUUCGCUGGUUACUCCCAGCCCACCGAUCCGCACAAUAGUGUGGAAUAGAGAAACGCUUGUCGGCAAGCACGCUCCAGAGAGCGCCGGGAUCACGGGAGAGUUUAGUAUCGACUUUAUCUAUCAGCCUGCGACUAGCCAGUUGGAGCAAAGGUUGGUUGCGAUCGAGUGCAAUCCCCGUGUUCACACAGCUAUUUGCCUGUUAGUUGGCCAUCCGGAGCUGGGAGAUGCAUUGGUGCCGAGUUCCCUUACCAACUCCAAGGUCCGAGCGACACGAGACCGAGCGAAAACAGCAAAACAAGUGUCAGAGAUGGACGAAAUCUCCUACCUCUCCUCACUCUCUUUGCCCGUAAUGGAACACCCACAGUCCGUAACUUGUGCGACACAAUCCGAUCUAGCAGCCCUCUCAGAUCUCCCUGCGACCUUUGCAUCCUCUCGAAUGCGCUUCUAUCAUGCAAGAUGGCUCGUUUCUUGGGCCUACACCUCACCGCAUUCCGCUGCUUUACCACAUAGUUGGAUCGGCCAUGACCUUGUUGCGCGUCUGAUUCCGUCUGCAAUUUUCUUGUCCUCUCCUAUAGUGCAGGGUAUGAUGAAUUUUGUCCACCCUAUGUGGCCGCAAAAAGCGAUAGCUACAGCCGGAGCAACAAAAGUAACCAUCCCCACUGGCGUCGACAAACAGAUGCACUUGGAUCUAGCAGCACCAGCACCAUUACCACCUUUUACCGAUCCUAGCUUUGCCAAGGAUGAUCCUUGGCCUUUUUUUGCGUUGUACCAUCUUCAAUGGCCGCAGUUGUUGGUGUGGCAAUUGGUUGUGAGAAGGAACAAGUGGAGUCGGGUUAAUGUUUCUACUGCUAGGAUUUUCGAGUGUUAG